CUUACGUAGUAGGUAUAUAUAAGUGUAGUAACCUUUUUUUUAUAUAUAUUUGUGUUAUUAAAAUUGUUGGUUACAGACAGUUACAGAUAUGGCUCCACAAGUUAAAUAUACAAAGUUGUUCAUCGACAACCAGUGGGUGGACGCCGUCAGUGGCAAAACUUUCGAAACCUACAAUCCUCAUGACGGCUCCGUUAUUGCUAAAGUGGCUGAGGGUGAUGAGGCGGACAUAAACUUAGCGGUAGCGGCAGCGAAGCGCGCGUUUCAUCGGAACUCCGAAUGGCGUUUACUCGACGCGUCUCAAAGAGGUUACAUACUCCACAAAUUCGCCGACCUGGUGGAAAGAGACUUCGACUACCUCGCUGAACUUGAGUCCUACAACAAUGGCAUGGUGUUGAGUCUAUCAAAAGGAUUCAAUCGACACGGUAUCGAUUACAUACGAUACUUGGGCAGUUUGGCUGACAAAGUUCAAGGAGAUACUAUUCCUCUUAAUGGUGAAGUUUUUUCAUACACGUUGAAGCAGCCUAUGGGCGUGUGCGGUCUGAUCUUGCCGUGGAAUGGACCAAUUAUGAUGUUCAUCCACAAAGUAGUCACUGCUCUCGCAGCUGGUUGCACGGUGGUGGUAAAGCCAGCAGAGCAGACGCCACUUACUGCGCUGGUGCUGGCUGCGCUUCUGAAGGAGGCGGGCGUGCCAGCAGGUGUUGUUAACGUCGUCAACGGCUUUGGCGUCGGCGCCGGCACCACGCUCACUCAUCAUCCUGAUGUCGCCAAGAUCUCAUUCACUGGAUCACUUGAAGUUGGAAAGCUGAUUCAGCAAGCAGCGGGAGCUAACAACCUAAAGCGUGUGACACUCGAGCUCGGCGGCAAGAGUCCUCUGGUCAUCAUGGACGACGCAGAUUUGAAUACUGCGAUACCCAUUGCUGCCAACGGUCUCUUUGCUCACCAAGGCCAGGUGUGCGUGUCAGCUUCUCGUUUGUACGUGCAAUCUGGUAUCUACGACAAAUUCGUGCAAGGCUGCGUUGCGUUCGCUAAGAACCGAGUUGUCGGUGACCCAUUAAACCCUGCAACAGAACAAGGACCACAAAUAGAUGAGGAGAUGAUGGUUAAAAUAUUAGGUUAUAUUGAGAAGGGCAAGAAAGAGGGAGCUAAGCUGAUGACAGGAGGCAAUCGCAUUGGUAACUCUGGUUUCUACAUCGAACCGACAGUCUUUGCCGACGUGACUGAUGAUAUGACUAUCGCCAAGGAAGAGAUCUUUGGGCCCGUGCAAAGCAUUAUUAAGUUCGACAGACUGGAAGAGGUUAUCGACAGAGCAAAUGCUACGAAUUACGGUCUUGCUGCGGGCAUAUUUACGAACAACCUCAACAACGCAUUGCAGUAUACCAAACACGUAGAGGCAGGGAAUGUAUGGGUAAACACGUACUUGCUUUCCGCUCCACAAGGGCCUUUUGGUGGCUUUAAAGAUUCUGGUCUCGGAAGGGAAAAUGGUAUCAACGCAUUGGAAGCUUAUUUGGAAGUGAAGACUGUUACCAUUAGCCUGCCAAAGAAAUUUUAAUUUAAAUAAUUUAAACAUAAAAAAAAUGUGAUUCCUAAUAAUAAAUUUAAA